CGCCCAGGUGGAGCACAGCUCACAGGACAUCGAGGCCACCAUGAACACGGCGCUGAGCGAGCUGCGUGAGCUGGAGCGCCAGAGCUCGGCCAAGCACGCGCCCGACGUCGUCCUGGACACGCUGGAGCAGCUCAAGUCCGGCGGAGGAGGCGUGGCCUGUGUCGGAGUGGGCGGGCUCGGAGGCGGAGUCUCUGAGCCAUCCAGCCCCCUGCACUCGCGCCUGCUCCGCGAGGCCGACGCCCCCAACCAGCACCCACUCCAGCGUAGCGCGAGCUCCGCCUCUGACAUGCCCAGCAGCACCUUCCGCCCGGGCAAGGGUGGCGCGGGACCCAAGAGCCCCCUGCUGGCCUCCUCCUCCUCCCCCCUCUCCUCCUCCUCCUCCCCCCUCUCCUCCUCCUCCUCUGGCCUCUCCUCCUCCUCCUUCAGGGAGGGCCGGCCCCCGGCUACGCGCCCCAAGCCUGUGGUGUUCCCCAAAAGUGGGGGCUCGUCUGGGAGCGGAGGUGGUGCCAUGGGGUCCCCCACCACCUCCAUCCCCCCGACACCUCCUCCACCACCCCCACCUGCAGACAAGUCCUGUCCAGUGUGAACUUCUCUCACACACGCGCGCACACACACGCACACACACACGUCUGACCACCGACACCCCCACUUGCUUCCUCUAACACCUUGUGUGUGCGGAGCAGGACUCUAACUCUCUUAUUUUUUAAAGUUUUACUUCCAAGUGGCCGCAAUAGGCGCGGUGAUUUUUAAUGGUGUGACUCUGAUGAUGAUGAUGAUGAUGAUGAUGAUGAUGAUGAUUUUGUUUUGGAGUGUGACCUCAGCAGAGGUCAGCGUGACAGCUGUGUAGUAUUUGGAGGCUUGUGGUGUGUGACAUGUAAGAUGGUGUGUAAGAUUUCCGUUGCUCAUACACACCAUCGGCCAGCAUCUCUUAGACGCGUGUGCCAGGGCUCCCAAAACAGGACGCUCAAUUUGAUGGGGGUGCUGAAAGGUCUCGAUUACCUUUUUUUUUUUUCUAAUUUUGUUUUUUAUAUAUAUAUAUAUAUAUAGUUUUAUUUGAAAGAAUGGCCAACAGACACAGUGGCUUUGUAAAGACUUUUACUGUGAAACAAAAAGGACAGGAAAUAGUGGUUAAGAACGGUCUGACAUCACAAUGGGAAACGGAAUCAGACAGAGACAGCAGACAGACAGAGAGAUGGAGGGAGAGAGAGAGUGAGGGGGAAAGAGAUGGAAAGAGAGAGAGAGAGAGAGAGAGAGAGAGACGAAUGAAGGAUCAGACUAGAAGGUUUCAGGUUGAGCAGACGAAUAUAAGAUGUAAGAUUUUUUGAUAUAUAUCUAUGAAAAGCUGUAUGUAGGGAUUGCAGUGGAAUGGCGCGUUGAAGUUGUGUAUUUUUAUGCGGCUUGUGUUGUUCUAGUGGUUUUUGGACUGGUGGCCGUCGUAGUGGCGCAAGAUAUCAGGAUGACUACUCUCUACACACAGUGCCCCUCAAGGACAUUCACACACACACACACACACACACACACACACACACCCCUCAAGGGAAUUCACAUCGGGGAGCAGCUAACAGGAACAACUCCAGGACUGGACCCCAACCAUGGUCAGGGGUGUGUCUGUCUGCGUGUGUGUGUGUGUGUGUGUGUGCGUUUCACAAAGAACGCACUGUGCAAGACGACACCUUUGUCCCGGACCGGGUUUGGCUCGGCUGGGAGUGGACAGAGGAGCGGAUCUGAAGUUCUGGACUCUUCUGGGGGUUUGGACCGAGCCGCUGGACAGAGUCGCUGGACAGAGCGUACACCUACUGCAGGACAGGCCCAGGGCAUGUGUAGCGUGCUGCCCAAUCUGCAAUAAAUAAUUCAGUUUCAACACACAACACAAACACACUCACCUGAACGCAUAUAGUGCAUGUAAACACUCUCUCUCACACACACACACACACACACACAGAUGUACGCAUUCACACACACAGAUUUACCUGAAUACACACAGUGCACAUAAACGGACUCUUGUAUAAAUCGUAUCUCUGCAUGAGUCUACUAGGCCAGUUUUGCACCAUCGGCCCCUAAUCUCUAAUCUGUCAUCUGUAAUCUGUAAUCUCAACCCCACGACGAGCAGCUUCUCUCCGCUACUGCUACACCUGCCGUGGAGACUCAUCGCUUGGUCACAUCUGCACAUAUGCGGUGGACGGACACCCAAGGCACGGCAGCUCCUAUUGGCCGAAACAGUCCAGUAGACGAGACCAACGGGCAGCAGAGAUAACUCGGACAGAUCGCAGCUCUCAGAGAUAACUCGGACAGAUCGCAACUCUCGGAGAUAACUCGGACAGAUCGCAGCUCUCGGAGAUAACUCGGACAGAUCGCAACUUUCGGAGAUAACUCGGACAGAUCGCAACUCUCAGAGAUAACUCGGACAGAUCGCAGCUCUCAGAGAUAACUCGGACAGAUCGCAACUCUCGGAGAUAACUCGGACAGAUCGCAACUUUCGGAGAUAACUCGGACAGAUCGCAACUCUCAGAGAUAACUCGGACCGAACGCAACUCUCAGAGAUAACUCGGACAGAUCACAACUCUCAGAGAUAACUCGGACCUAUCGCAACUCUUACUAAAGCAAACACUCACCUCUGUGUAACCCUGCAACUAACACCCUGUGUGAGGUCAUUCAUGUACAGUGAUUUUAAAGAGAAAAGAAAAGAGACGUUCUGUAAGUUUUAACUGGAAAUCAGCUGCAGAUGGUGAAUAAUGUCGUGGGAAAGUCAUAUCAAGUCAGCCCAGCAGUCUUUUUAUGGAGAAGCACACCAUGGCUUCCUCUUCUGUCACUCUGUGGGGAAAAAAGAUCUGACUUUUUCUCUUUCAUUUCUGUAUUCUCAAGAUGAUACAUGAUAACUGUAUGUUUGUGUUGUGUGUGUGCGUGAAUGUGCAGUCAGUGUUUGUGUGAGUGUGUGUGUGUGUGUGUGUGCGUACGUGUGUGUGCAUGCUUUUGUGGAUCCUGUGUGAGUGGACUUCCCUGUGUGCAACAGUGUGUGUGUGUGUGUGUUUAUCCUGACAGUACAACCACAGCAUGAACUGGUUGGUCAUUCAUUGUAUAACUCACAAAGGGAAACUUGACUGUGCAGUACCGCAACCACACCACCAGAGAGCAGCACUGGUCACUCUCCGUUCUUUCACAGGACUCUUCACAGUCUCCGAGAGACCACUUCUUUGAGGGGCCAAAGGCUCAGCUACAGAGCUGGGCCUCACACACACACACACACACACACUCAUACACAUCCUGAACACAACUCCUCACACACACCACCGACUCGUGACUGUUUCAGUGUCUUUCUAGACAGUCUCAGAGAACAUCUCUCAGUCACAGCUGCCUCAAGGUGCUUGCAAGGCUGCCCCAACAAAUAGCAACAAACUCCAACCAACACCAACAGUUGGCUCAGUGUGUGCCGUCAGUUUGUGUUUGUUGAAAGGAGUGCAAAAUGUCAGUUACUGUCUAGGGCUCUAGCCAGUGAGGAGCUGAAAAUUGAUUUUCUUAACAUUCUACAGACUGCAACCAACAACCAAAGCUCCGUUUUAACCCUCACUGCAACAACUGCCAACUUUAGAAUGUUGGAGUUUGUUGGGCGUUGUCUAGGCAACUUUAGAAUUUUGUUGCCCAUUGUCUAGGCAGCUUUAGAACGUUGGGGUUUGUUGGGCGUUGUCUAGGCAGCUUUAGAAUGUUGGAGUUUGUUGGGCGUUGUCUAGGCAGCUUUAGAACGUUGGGGUUUGUUGGCCAUUGUCUGGGCAGCUUUAGAACGUUGGGGUUUGUUGGCCAUUGUCUGGACAACUUCACUCUCAGCUCCUGUGUAAAGUAGGGUUCAGACCAAAGAUUCCCGACGAGACGAGCUACGACGAGAUGCGACGUUCUAAAACCUUGCGACUGCGACUCAACUUGUUUAAUGCUCUGCGACGGCUUGCAACUACGUGCAACUUUUAAUUCACACCGCUGCAACUCAAUCUCGUCGCGUCGGGAAUCUUUAGUGUGAAUUGGGCUUAAGUGUGGGCGUUACCAAUAUCUGUUACCCUGAUCUGAAGUUUAGCAGCAUCUUCCACACGCCCACCUGUAGGUCACAUCCGUGUGUGUGUGUGUGUGUGUGUGUGUGUGUGUUCUCUCUGUCUCUGUUUAUCUCUUUAAUCAGCAAGGAUGUGGGUUUUUCUUGUGUCAGUGGUGGUGUGUAGACACAUUCUGUACUUGUGCAUCUGGUCAUGGUCACACAGAGGCCCAACUGGUCAACACAGACAUUAGCAGUGACUGUGCUCUGGUGCGGGUGUGUGAUAGAAGGUCUAUAAGUGUGUGUGUGUGUGUGUGUGUCUGUCAUGAUGUGUUUUUGCUCAAUACCUCAUCUUGGAACUGGAAGCUGUUGAGUCCUGAGAAGAGAGAAGUGUGUGUUUGUGUGUGUGUGUGUAUGUGUGUGUGUGUGUGUGCGUGCAUGUGUGUGUGUGUGUGUGUGUGCAUGUGUGUGUGUGUGUGUGCGUGCAUGUGUGUGUGUGUGUGUGCGUGCAUGUGUGUGUGUAAGAGGGGAAGAUGUAACGCCUGUUCAUUUGUUAUGAAACACAAACACACACAUACAGUACACUGCUGCAGUGUGCCCAUUACACUGUGUGUGUGCGUGUGUGUGUGCGUGUGUGUGUGUGUGUGAGAUUGUGAUUGAUUCCAUCAGGACUAUGCUGUAUAUCUGAAGCCUGGUGUUGCGUCUGACUGCCCCUCGUUACCCCCCCGCCCCUCUCUGUUUCCGGGGGCGACCCGAUGUCUGUCAUCAUGCACUUGAAAUUGCAUCAUGAGCUUGUGAACCAGCGGCGUGAGGAUGAAAUAUUAUCGUUGUUAUUUUGUAAUCAUAACUCUUGUUAAAUAUGUAUUUCAUGACCAUUGCAAACAAACAAAAGCAAAAAAAAAAUACUGAUUAAAAAAAAAACAAGACUUAAAUGACUGUAUUGUCAGAUAUAUUUAUAGUUGUUCACUCAAAUGUCUUAUGUUACCAGAAGAAUCCUGUGUUCUGAUAUCUGUUUGUAUAUACAAUGAUGUACGUCCCAAAGGUACACACUAAUGCUUUUUUUGGGUACAGUAUUGUACAGUAAUAGCAAUAGUAGUUGACUCUUCAAUAGGCCACAUAUAAGUACAUGUGUAGAUCAGGUAGAAAACUCUUCUCUCUCUUUUUUUUUUAAUAAACAUUGCUUGCUAUAAACCUC